GGGAGGAGGUGCAGCAGUAGUGGGAGGGACGACCAGACCUUGUGUGGAGUGUGUGGGAUCUGGUAGUGACGGCGAGGUGGAAUAUCGUCCUGAAUGUUAACGGGAAUGCUAAUAACCAACGCAACGCGGUAUGCAGUCUAACCUUACCGCCUGCCAGACCUUCCGCAGACACGAAGUUAAGGACGUUGUUUUUUUAUGCCAGGAGGAAAACAAGGAAUACUCCUCGUCGAGUUGGUGACUAUCAUCCCAGCAGAACUUAACCAGAGUUCCCGGACGGGAACAGGAAAAUGCCAAUCACUCUGUUCUGGACCAGUUGAGACUAGGCCGACCCCAGAAAGUUUGGUUGGACCGGCUCCGAGACUUCUGCCUUCCCAGGGGGCCCCCCCGACCACAGACCUCCCCCACACCUCCCUCGACGGCUCCUCUACAGUAGCUCUUCUUGCUUCCCUGACACCAUCCACCCUCCUCUUCCCCCGUCUCUGGAAAUAACAUCUCCGUCAAGCACUGAGGAGAAAGGAAGACAGUGCGACAGGAAACUCAGCUCUCGAAAACACGUUAACCAUUUCCCUGGCUGGCGUCGGGGAUCGAACCAGGACCUACCCAGCGGCCAGACGUGUUCUCUCCCUGGAGGGCGAAGAGGAGGGUGGGACGGAGGGCAGUGGGCGUCGGGGUCCCCAUGGGCACCAGGAUGUGGCUCUGAGAGCUGUACCCCCCUGUAGCCUCUAUUUGGGGCGUGUCUGGAUGAGAAGCUUGCUCCAGAGCGCUGCAGCAUCAUGGGAAAGGAGCAGGACCUUCUCCAGGCCGUGAAGAGCGGAGACCUGACCUCCACGCAGAAGUUGCUAGCCAAGCUCAAAGCUAACCGUAACAGUUCUCUGCGUUGCACCACGCUGCCCUGACAGGAACCUCUGAGCUGCUGUCGGCCCUGUUGGACGCCCAGGCUACUGUUGACAUCAAGGACAGCAAUGGCAUGCGGCCCCUGCACUAUGCGGCGUGGCAGGGCAAGGCGGAGGCGGUGCUGCUGCUGCUGCGCUGCGGAGCCUCCGUCAACACGUCCUCCCAGGACGGACAGAUCCCGCUGCACCUCGCCGCCCAGUACGGACACUACGACGUGUCUGAGAUGUUACUCCAGCAUCAGUCGAACCCUUGUCUGGUGAACAAGUCUAAAAAGACUCCUCUGGACCUGGCCUGUGAGUUUGGUAGAGUCAAGGUGGCCCAGCUGUUGCUGAGCAGCAACAUGGUGGUGGCUCUGCUGGAGGGGGAGAGGAAGGAGCAGUCUGACUCCGCCUUCACCACCCCCCUCCACCUCGCCUCACGCAACGGACACCAGGACAUCAUCCGGCUGCUCCUCAAGGCAGGUAUUGACAUCAACAGGACGACCAAGGCGGGCACGGCGCUGCACGAGGCUUCGCUGUACGGCAAGACGGAGGUGGUCAAACUUCUGCUCGACGCCGGAGUGGACGUCAACAUCCGCAACACGUACAACCAGACAGCACUGGACAUCGUCAACCAGUUCACCACCUCGCACGCCAGCAAGGACAUUAAACAGCUGCUCCGAGAUGCUACAGGUGUUCUACAGGUGAGGGCUCUGAAGGACUACUGGAACCUCCACGAUCCCACCGCACUCAACAUCCGUGCCGGGGAUGUCAUCAUGGUCCUGGAGCAACAUCUGGACGGGCGCUGGAAGGGCCACAUCCACGACGUCCAGCGAGGGACGGACCGCGUGGGCUUCUUCCCCCCCUCCAUAGUGGAGGUCAUCAGCAGAAGAUCUGGGGGUACUCUCUCCCGCCAUGCCUCCCUGCCAGCGCAGCGCCAGCAGCUCCUCCCCCGACCCCCCCUCACCUCCAGCCUGAGCUCCGCCCCCCAGACCGACGACUCCUACACGCUCUAUGCCCCUGUGCAUGUGCACGUCAACGGUCUCCGCGACAACGCAGGUACCCCCGCGAGGCCCCCGUCUACCUGCUCCCUGCAGGACGUCUGGGUGCUCAGGGACCCGUGUGUCGCGGGGGACCGUAACAGUGUAGGGAGCACCGGCAGCGUCGGCAGCAUCCGCAGCGCUGGCAGCGGGCAGAGCACCGAGAGCACCGCCGCCUCCGCGCCCCCCAACGGCCUGCACCACCCCCCCGCGACCCACCACGCCCCCGGGUCCCACCACACCCCCGGGACGCCUGGGACGCCUGACCGCCACGCCACCAAGUCGGCGCCACAUCCUGGCGAUUCUGGACCCCUUGAGUCUAACCAACAGCCGGACAGACCAACUGCAGGAACGCCACGCAGGCAGCCUGUGAACCACCAGAGGGCGCCAGAGCAGGGCUUCACCCAGCAGUUUGUCCACCCACAGCAGCUCCUGGAGGGCAAGGAUGCGGAGGCGAUCUACUUGUGGCUGAGGGAGUUCCAGUUGGAGCAGUACACGGGGAACUUCAUCAACUCUGGUUACGACGUUCCCACCAUCAGCAGGAUGACUCCCGAGGACCUGACGGCCAUCGGCGUCACCAAGCCAGGCCACCGGAAGAAGAUCUCCAUGGAGAUCGGCAACCUCAACAUCCCUGAUUGGCUGCCGGAGUACAUCCCAGCGGACCUUGGGGAGUGGCUAAGUGCCAUUGCUCUGCCUCAGUACCACAAGAAGCUGGCGGAAAAUGGCUACGACUCCAUCACCAUCGUCCGGGACCUGACCUGGGAGGACCUGCAGGAGAUAGGCAUCACCAAGCUGGGUCACCAGAAGAAGCUGAUGCUGGCGGUGAGGAAGCUGUGCGACGUCCACCGAUCCAGCCUGCAGGCCCAGUCCUCCAACGCCCAGGGGACCCUGCACCGCCGCAAGACCCCCGGGGCCCUCCACCUGGUGGCCAUCGACCCCCCCGGGGACUGCCCCUCCCCCCACACCCCCUCCAUGCUCAGCUUCCAGGACAGCGAGCUGAGCGCCGAGCUGCAGAGCGCCAUGUGCAGCCGCUACGCCCCCGAUGAGCGGCCGGCCCUCAGGGGCCUCUCCCAGAGCCAGGAGAGCAUCGACGCUCGCUCCCGGGGGUCCGGUCGCUCCCAGGAGCCCCCCUCCGCCUCCACCGGCAACCCCCACUGCCGCUCCCAGGAGAGCCUCGGGGGAGAGGGGGGCUCCAGUCUGGAGGGCAGCCCCGUCAGGGAGAGGAACGUCCCGGAGGGCUGGGACCCCCGGCCAAAGCAGGUCCCUCUGGGCACCGCCACGGUCUUCAAGUACCCCCCCGUGCCGGCCAAGCCCAAGCCCUCCUCCCACAGCCCCUCCCCCCACGGCUCCCCGGUCCAGAGGGGCUUCAGCUACCUGCACGCCUCCUGCGGGACCACCCAGCUGGGCUCUCGGUCGCCCGCAAAGCCCCGGGACCCCUCGCUCUCCCUGACCCGGCCCCGGCGGCGCUACGCCCUGUCGGACGGCGAGCCGGACGACGAGGACGAGGACGAGGAGGCGGGGUCCGCGCCCCACCACUCGGGUCACCUGGGCUCCUACGCCACGCUGACCCGCCGGCCCGGGCGCAGCCAGCUGGCCCGUUGCCACGGCAGCCCCGAGAAGGAGGGCAGCCCCGUGGGGCGGAGCCAGUCGUUCGCCGUGCGCGCCCGCCGGAAGGGCCCGCCCCCGCCCCCGCCCAAGAGGCUGAGCUCCGUCAGCAGCACCCACAGCAUGGAGGAGGGCGGGGCAGGGGGGGUCGUGACGGACAGCCCCGGCAGCGUGAGGAGCAUCGCCGCCUGCAUGGAGGGCACCUCGUCCUCGUCCUCCUGCUCCUCCUCCUGCUCCUCCUCCCCGGGGAAGAGGAGACCGGCCCCCCCGGUCCCCAGCCUGGACCCCUUCCGGCGGGAGGACCCCCCGCGGCGGCGGGUCCAGAGCGAGUACCUCCCGGAGCCCGCCCCCGUCGGGGGGGCGGAGCCGGAGCGCGGGGUCAAGUCUGACUCUGAGGAGGAGGAGCCGGGGGCGGGGUCGUCGGGGGGGCGGGGCCAGGACGGCUCCGCCUCCCCGCAGAACAGCUCCAGCGAGUGCCUCCCCUUCGCCGAGGAGGGCAACCUGACCAUCAAGCAGCGGCCCAAGCUGGGGGGGCCGCCGCGGGCUGACGCGGUGCUGGAGCCCCCCGACCUCCCGGAGUUCAACCUGAAGGAGUCGGACACCGUGAAGCGCCGACACAAGCCCAAGGGGGCGGAGGGGGGAGGGGACGGGGGCGGGGAGGGGGGAGGGGAGGGAGGCUCGCCCAACGGGGAGCAGCGAGGGAGCGGACCCUCCCCCCAAAGCCAGGAGGAGGAGGAGGAGGAGGCCUGGAGGAUCUGCGAGACAAGGGUGGAGACCCCCGUCCUACGACCCCCUCUGUCCCCGAAGCCCCCCGCCACCGCCCCGAAACCCAUCAGACACAGCCUGCUGGCCGCUCAGGCUGCAGCCAGCGCCCCGCCCCCGCUGGGCGUCACCCUCAACGCUGUCCAGAGUGUGGCGUUCACCUCCCCCCCGACACCCAGCCAUGCCUCCCCAAGCACCCCCUACCCCAGCCACGCCUCCCCAAGCACCCCCUACCCCAGCCACGCCUCCCCAAGCACCCCCUACCCCAGCCACGCCUCCCCCAGCACCCUACACCCCAGCCAGCCUCCACUGCCAGGCAAGCUCCAGGUCUGCGUGGCGGCCCCGGGCCCCGGGCCCCUGGUGGUCCAGCAGAGGUUGGACCAGACCAGCUCCUCGCUGGAGGCUGCCCUGCAGGCGGUGGAGAGGAAGCUGACCCAGGAUGACGUCUCGGACGGCGGCGCCAACACAGUGAAGUCUGCCGGGACUAUCCUGGACGACAUCGGCAACAUGUUCGAUGACCUCGCCGACCAACUCGACGCCAUGUUGGACUGAGUCGGGAACCCCUCAGGGGCCUCAUUAUGUCAUCUAGACCCGGCGACUAGAACAAACGAUGUCAUCAGGAUCCUACGAUGUCAUCAGGGCGACUACUAGAUAUCCAGAUGAUCUCAUGAUGUCUUCCUGUGGCCCGCGUGUUCUGCUGGGGCUCUCCUACCACGACACCCUCGCUGGCAGUUCUGCCUAAUGAACACUAGAGGGCGCACACCAGUUUAAGUUAAAUUUGUAUUUGUCAGAGUUGGUGGAAUAGCACAAUAUCCCCGACAGUUCGACUCUGUCAACACUGGAGAACUGAAUAGAAUAAUAUACCUGACAUUUUCAUUCUGUCAACACUAGAAGACAGAAUAGCACAAUAUCUCUGGCAGUAGCACUCUGUCAACACUAGAGGACACAAUAUCUCUGGUCGUCGAUGAAUGCCUUGUUGCUGCUCGUUUCUCGUCAACCACGAAGAUGCCGAUCUGGAUGCCUAGACGGCAAUUUAUUUCGACCACGCCUACGUACAGUAGAUGCAACAUGUUGGCCUGCGUUUAGACUAUCGGUAACCACACAUGUAAAAGAUAUGUGUAAAAGACCAUCUGGUUGUAGGACCGUUAUCAAACCGGCUCACUGUGCCAGAGCAUCCCUCUGCCGAUCUUGACGACUGUAUGUCACGGGAGGAUGUGUGCCAUAUUUUGAUACUCUGCACAUCUUAAACUUUUAUAGUAGCCUAUUGUCUGUUGCGAAAGAAAUGAAAUAUCCGUUGCAAACAAUGUGAUGUCUGCCCUAUUAAGCCAUUGAAUUCCAUGGGAUUCGAUGUUGCAUUAUUAAAAGAGAAAAUCAUUUGAUAUUACUCUAUGUAGGCCUAUGACGCUUUGUAAAACCUGUAAAAGUAUGUUGUUUAUACAAAGGGAAUAUUAACUAAGCUUAGACUGCAUGUUAACUUUAAGUUGAACACCAGAGUUUUAUAUUCUGGUUACAGCUGUAAAACGCUGUAAAAUAUCAAAUAAUAUGCAUACUAUUUUUGGGAACGUAUUAAUUUUAAUGUAGUCUGACUCUAUUAUUUAAAUUAAUCUAAAUAUGUAUAUUUUAUACUAGAGGUAUAAACAGGAGAAAAUUUAUAUUCAACCAAAGUCUCCUAUUUUCUUGUAUUAUCUCUUAUUCCCAAGAACAUGUAAAACUGAAGAUAUUGUGUGUUUAAUAUGUAUAAAUGUAAAAUGAAAUCCUAUGUGUAACCAGAAGAGGUUAAUGUUGACGUUCUUACUUGUAAGGAGUAGUGCUUAACGUAUUACUGCUGUGUGCAUAAAGUACUUCCUAUAUGGCAUGCUACAGUGAUACUUGUAUGUUUAUGAAAGGCGAAUGCGGUGUCUCUCCUGCCAACGUUUUGUACUAAAUGACUUCACCAUCUAGACCGGUUUGUCGCCUGGAUGCUUGACUAUUAUACUCUACACCAGUGUUGUGUUCCACCACCCUACCGCUCAGGAAAACCCCAGCUGUUUUAAAGACCUGUGUGUGUGUGUGUGUGUGUGUGUGUGUGUGUGUGUGUGUGUGUGUGUGUGUGUGUGUGUGUGUGUGUGUGUGUGUGUGUGUGUGUGUGUGUGUGUGUGUGUGUGUGUGUGUGUUCAGGCAGGGUUUUGCUGUAAUUUGUUCACAAUUUAUCCAUAAAAUAUUGUCCUCAUACCUGCCGACUGCAAAUGAGGUAGCCUAUGUGUACAUUCAUUUUGCACAAACGUGGUUUGUUACCACUCCAUUUCUGACUUUUGGCCCAUGAUACUUCUAAUUAAAAUAUAAAUUGGAAUAUA